CCUCAUUUCGCCCCCGUUUCGAUGGGCGCUUAUACAGCGUUGGUGUUUGUGCUCGGACGCGUAAUAUCGUGAAAUAAUCACGGAUUUCUUAGAACACGAAUAACAACCUACAAAACCGACGAGUACCUUGACAUAGAAGCUGGUCUGUCCUAAAUAUCGAGCGGAAACAUGGCGGAUUUUAGAGGUGAAAGAUCGCCACGAGAGAAAAUCACAAGACUAGUUCAAACCCUACCUUCGCCUCAAACUACAUGAAGAUAAUUCCAUUUCUUCCUCAGUUAGAAACACCAGAUUUAUAUGGCAGCCCCAGUGUUUGCUUAUGCUGGUGAGCUCCUCCAUCAAGCUGCUAUAUACGACCAGCGGGAUUUUCUCAGGUCCCUUCUCCAGUCAGGGGUACAGGGAGAUGCAAACUGCAAGGAUCCAAGCGGUCUAACUCCUGUCCACACUGCAUCAGUGCACGACAGCCCUCAGUGUCUUGAAGAGCUGCUGAGUAAAAAAUGGAAAGGUGAUCCUAAUGUUACGACUGGAGAACUCCAUCAUUUCUCUACGCCUCUUCAUUUAGCUGCUCGCAAUGGUCACCUUAAGUGCCUCAAGAUACUGGUUGAUGCUGGUGCAGAUACAGAAAUUAGGAGUAGCCAGGGGCAGACAGCACGAGAGAUUGCAAUAGCAGAGGGAAAAUAUGAGUGUGCCAACUUUCUCCGCACAGUGGAAGUGAUCAAACGAGCUGCUAGGGAGGAGGAGGUUUGUCAAGAAAUGUUUGCUGCAUGUACCACUGGAGACUUACAAAAAGUUGUAGCACUCCUGCCUGAAGUCUCCCCUACCAACAUUAACAAGAUUUACCAGGGCGGCUGCACAUUACUGUACAAGGCUGCAUAUGGCGGCUUUUUCGAAAUCACUAAACUCCUAUUAGAACACGGCGCUGAUGGCUCUCCAAACACGUUCAGCGGAAUGACACCUCUUUAUGGCGCAUGCCUGAAGCACCACGCGGACGUCGUGUGGUUAUUGGCUAAGACCAUGCCGCAUCACGUGAACACUGCUACAAAGAUGGAGAAAAUGACCCCGCUCCACGUGGCCGCAGGGGAAGGCAACGCCAUCAUUAUAAGGAUUCUUCUGCAGACUCCUGGGAAUGGUUGGGAGCCCUCUCCGUGUAAUGGUAUAGACGUGAAUGCGCGGACUUCUAGUGGGAUGACCGCCCUACAUCUCGCCGCGUCAGGGGGUAGUGUGGAGGUAGUGAGACUGCUCCUAGAGAAUCGCCACAAGUGCGAACCACCAUGCAAAGCAAAGAGCAAGGCGGAUAUCAACGCGCAAAGCAUCAUGGGACGGACUGCUCUCCACGACUCCAUCACAGUGGGCCAAAUCGAAAUCGUCAGGCUGCUACUGGACAAAGGAGCUGACGUCAACUUGGGCUAUGACCCGGACAAGUUGAUGAUGGAUGACGAGCCUAAGAAUGAGAUCUCGCGCGUCGUCCGUCAGCUCGCGGAGGACUCGCGCCUGGAGGACAAGACGCCCCUCGGUAUCGCGUGUACCCAGGGAAACCUCGAAAUUGUCGCGAUCCUUGUUUCGGCGGGUGCAGAGGACGUGGAGAAUAGAUGCCUGGAGAACGCGGUGAAGGCGCAUCACCACGCGCUUGUACACUUGUUACUGAGCAAAGGUGUAAAUGCCGACAACGAGCACAAAAUCCCCCAUUCCCGCGGAAACCACAGUGCCGAGGAGACCUGGAAACUAAACUCCAAAGCCGUAGCCAUCAUCUGGAACGCAAUGAAACUGGUCAGCGUUCAUCCCCAGUGGAUCGUCGACGCCGCUAAGAAGCUCAACCCGCAAGUGGCUGCCGGGAACGUUGGACUUCACCCGGUCUUAAAGACCAUAACGAGGAUCGAUAUCUCGUGCAAUAAACUCACCAAGCUGCCGCAGAUAAUCUUUCAGCUACCAUCACUGAAGACUCUGAAUGCGUCGGACAAUCAAAUUAGCAGCCUUCCGAGUCUAUAUAGCGGAGGUGUGCGGGUUCAGAAUAGUUGUUCGUCGGCAACGGCCCCUAAUGGGAAGAAAUUUAUGUCGUGUGAUAAUAUUGCCGACAGCGUGAUUACCGAAAUAGAAGACAAUGACUUUACGUACGCGGAAUCCAGCUGGAAUUGCCCCCACUUGGAGGAAAUCGAGCUUCACCAUAACUCCCUUACGAGCUUGCCAACUUGUGUGUUUGAGUUGCCAUCUCUGAGAUACCUUAACGUGUCCAGUAAUGACAUUGUGACGCUGCCGUUUGCUAUGUGGCUGGCACCAGCCUUGAAGAUCUUUGAUCUCAAGAAUAACUACCUUAAGGCGCUCCCUAUUUUUAGGGAGAAGGGGAAGAAGGGAGCGGGGAAGACGUCGAGCUUGCCAAGACCCAAGAAUAAACUCUCGAAAAGCAGGGAUGCGCUGAAUAGCCAGUCCAUUCCAGAGUUCGAUGCUUCCCCGAAAAAAGGCAGCAAGGUAGAUGAAUCAAAGUCGUCAGAAGGUGUAAAACAAAAGCCAGGCUCCCCUGAGCCUUCCAAACCACAGCACCUGAAGGUCUUCUGCCACAGCCAGCUAUGGGGAAAAUCAGGAACAGACGAGAUAGAGGAAUCGGAAGAUGAAGAGGAUGAUCAGGAAUAUAAUAAAACUUUCACGUUACAGAAACUUGAUUUAUCAAACAACAGAAUAACUUCUGUACCUGUUGGAAUGCCUUGCCUUGCAACGAGUUUACAGACCUUAAAUUUAUCAGGGAAUAACAUCAGCGAGGUGAAGACAUUAGCUCAGUUCCCUUCCUCACUGUCUUCUCUUGAUUUAUCGAACAAUAGACUCAGCGAGUUUCUGCCUAUUGCGACAGAGCCUCCGUGGUUCGGCGGAGAUUGUUUCGGGAUUUCGGAAAGUCGUCGGCCGGGUAUCAGUCGCCGAACAAGCGCCGAGUCGAGCCGAAACCGCGUUCGGUAUUGUAAGCACACUCGGCACCGUUUAUUAUCUCAGCUAAAGAGAUUGGACUUGAAUAAGAAUAACAUCAAAGAGAUUGGGUUUUCGAGACCAGGGGCCAGGGUUCGCUCUGUCGGUGAUGCCAAAUCCCCGACCGGACCUAAAAACCCGGCAUGGCUGAUGACCGGGGAUUUGAGCGCUACUCAAACCUCCACAGUGAUAUACCCGUCAUUGCAGUCGCUUAACAUUUCUGGCAACCCUAUUGCGGUAUUACCUAAGGACGUAGGGCUGUUAACAAAACUCGGGUCCCUGCAUAUAAAUCAAACGGAGAUCUCAAAACUCCCUCCGGAGAUUGGGUUGCUAUCCGAUCUUUGGGACUUACAGUAUCAAGGGCUGACUUUACAAGACAUUGAACCAAGCGUGCUGGAGCGACGUAAGACCAAGGAUUUAGUGAGCUACCUCAGGUCGAUACUUGAGAGGUCCAAGGCGUACCCCUGCAUGAAGCUCAUGUUUGUGGGCGUGUCCAACAUCGGAAAGACGACGUUACUGAAUCAACUGCGUCAGGAAGGAACUGGUAGCUUUCAGAGCUCGCCAAACACUGGAUGGACGGAACGACAGCGACGAAGGAGAGGAGCAACUACUGUUCGACCCAAGAAACAAGAUCGUAACAUAUCCACGGUUGGUGUAGACGUGUCCGACUGGACCUUUCCAAAGCGGAGUGAAUUCUUUAGGGGAGACGCCAGCAGACCCAGUAUCAAGUUCAGCACGUGGGACUUUGGAGGACAGCGUGAGUACUACGCCACGCACCAGUGUUUCCUGUCUCACCGCUCGCUCUACAUUGCCAUGUGGAAACUGACGGACGGUGAGAAAGGUGUGAUCGAUAUUGAACCCUGGCUACUCAAUAUACAGGCACGCGCUCCCGACUCGCCCGUGCUCAUAGUCGGCACCCACUACGACAUGCUGACAGCCGAAGAGCGACGCUCCGACCUCCUCCCGACCCUCCAGGCCAUGAUUAAAGAGCGGUAUGUGGCCAUGGAGUACGGGGGAGGGGUGCAAAGCCCGCGCGAGCGGGGGCUACCGAAGGUGGUCAACCGGAUCGAGGUCAGCGGUAAGACGGGACACAACGUGCGCGAGUUGAGGCAUAUGAUUUACAGUGUGUCACUGGAUAUAAAGGAAAGAGGUAGCCGGACCCCACUGCUGGAGACCCCGAUCCCCGCGAGCUACCAACACGUGGAGGAGGCAGUCAUCAAGAUCCGGGAACACUGCUACCACGAAGACCAGACACCAGUCAUGCGCUCAGAGUUUUUUAGAAACGCGGUUCAGAAGGAACUUAAAAAACAAAACCAUCGACUUCGUGACUACGACGAACUACAACAAGCCACGAAGUUCCUUCACGACAAUGGUGUUCUGCUGCACUAUGACGACCCACUAUUGCGUGACCUGUACUUCCUGGAUCCACAAUGGUUGUGUGACAUGCUUGCUCACGUUGUCACCAUUAGAGAAGUCAACCCUCACAUAAACAACGGCGUCAUGAAGCUAUCAGAUCUCUCCCACAUAUUCCGAUCAGAGAACUUCCCCGCGAAUCUCAUCAAACAGUACAUCAACCUGUUGAGCAAGUUCGAGGUUGCGUUACCAUGGAGCUCAGAGUACCUCCUAGUCCCCUCACUACUUCCAGACAGACAACCUAUUAGUAACCAGCCUAUAGCCCCUGGUGGGAACCCUGUGGUGACUCGCGCCAUGAACAUGACUGCUUACACCAAGACUCGGGUACUGAGAAGACAGUACAUAAUGUCUUAUAUCCCUAGCGGGUUUUGGCCCAGGCUGAUAACAAGGGUGAUAGCUGACGAGGAGGUCCGUGAUGUUGUGCGAUGCUGUUGCCAGCUUGUGAUGGAGGGCGAGGCAGAGGAAUCUGACAAAGAGAAGCUCGCAUUUGUCGCUCAGCCUGACUGGUCCUGCUGGAAGACUGGGAUCGAGUUGUCUUGCUUUGGGGUCAAGCUUCUGAGGAUUUGUGACCUUCAGGGCUUGCCUUUUUAUGGGGCCCCGGAGGACGCAGUCCAUCCUGUCCACUAUCGCCAAGAGAUACACGAUACAACGUGUUUUUCUACCGUUGAGGUGAUCGCUCCAAGCGUCAGCAUUCUGAUGGAGAAGUUUGUACAGAAACGGCGGGUUAGCAAGCGGCGAGGAGGGAAGCAGUUCACCAGACAACACGACGAUGACGACGAGUCCCUGCUGGAAUCUCGUAGCUUCGUCGGCUUCCGAGUAAAGACGGUUACAGACUCAGGGGUCCAACUCGCCGCCAGACUUAUCGCGAUCGUUGUUGAGCACAUGGACACGCUCAUCACAGAUUGGUUCCCAGGCCUCGAUGCGUUGACCGUACAUGGGUAUCGCCUGGUUACCAGACUUAUACCCUGCCCGAAAUGCAUCACGGCCCUCUCUGAGAGUGGCUCCGCUGACCAGGACACUGAAGGUACAGGGGGUGUACCCAUCACACCACAGGGUGACAGUGGAGCUAACUUGACGACCGACACAAGUAGCACAGGGGGGUCUCCUUGGCCCAGUCCGAUACACGUUGCCGUCCGUAGGGACAUAAGAUUGGACAACAGUCCGCUUCUCAGAAAAAAGUCCGGAAGUAUAGCUAGCCAAGACAGCCUAAACAGCGAAAACCCUGACAGCUCUAGCGGGGCGCCCCUCUCACCAGCACUGAUCGUCCAAGACCUUUCUACACCAGACCGCUUCACGUACAAAUCUGCCAGCAGUGGCUUGGGUACUAAUGAUAGCUCUAGCUAUUUUGAGGACACGUCAGAGCAAAGUACGGACAGCCACGAGGACCAUGACAGUGAGAGUAGCACGGGGCCUAAAGAUGCAAAAAAAGGCAAAGCUCGUCGCCAGUUUUUCGGCAGCACAGAUAGCGAGGGUUCCCGCGAGGGAUCCCGCGGGAGUGACGCUAGUGUCGAAGUACGCGCGGGAUCACAGACUGACUCGCAGAGGAGUCGAGGCAGUACUGACAGUUCGUCCAGUUUCCGUCGCGGUGGUCGCUAUGGGUCUUUGCGCCGACGUCCCACAGAGCACGACAAGGUUAUCUACGCGUUUGAGUUCGACGAGUGCGUCAUGUGCGCGUACAACACAGAGUCCAUGGCGUGCAAAGAACACGGAGAAAUGGACCUGAGAGAGAUAACCCCUGAUGUGAUGUUCGAGGACAUCGCACCGCACUUAGCCAUACACUCAGGAAAUAUAACCCGAGGGAGGUUUCUAGGCAAGGGCACAUUUGGGUCCGUAUUCCGAGGGGAGCUCAGGGAUGCAUCCGGGGAGUCUAUCAGUAUCGCCAUGAAGAUGCCGCUGAACAACGAGAUCGGCGACGACGCGAAGCCCGAAGAAAGGCAGGCUGCCGAGGCUGCAAAACGCGCGCUGCGUGAUAACCCAACUAUGGCCUUGAAUGACGCCUAUAGGACGAUUCGCCAGGAGAUCUCUAUCCUACUGCCCUUGCGUCAUCAGAACAUCGUCGCGCUGGAAGGCUUCUGCCUUAGCCCCCUCUGCCUUGUUUUGGAGUUCGCACCUCUUGGGGCCCUGGAUCGAGUCUUGGUGAACUACAAGCGCGCGGGAGUGAGGCUAAAUCCUUACGUCAUGCAGAAGUGUAUUGUUCAGUGUGCAUCAGCCCUGAAGUACCUCCACAAGCAUCACAUCAUCUACCGCGACCUCAAGUCCGAAAACAUCUUGGUCUGGACCUUUCCUCAGCCCCAUGCCCCCGAGCAGAACCGCCACGACGUCCUCAUUAAGGUUGCCGACUACGGUAUCAGCCGGUCAGCGGCAUUAGCAGGAAUCAAAGGGCUUGGGGGCACCCCUGGGUUUAUGGCCCCGGAAAUUGAGAAGUACGUCGGCAAGGAAUGCUAUACGGACAAGGUGGACUCGUUCUCGUUCGGCAUGUACAUCUACGAGUUGAUAGCGCUGCACCAGCCCUUCUGCGACCUGAACCCCGCCCAAGUGAAACAGAUGAUCGUGGAUGGACUACGACCACCGCUGACACCUAAGGACCGUAAAGCACCCGUGUUCGCUAUGGAUCUGAUGGCCUGGUGCUGGGAGCAGGACUCUGAAAAACGUCCAACCUCAGCCCAAGUCUACGCCUUAGCAGCCUCGCCUGAAUUCUCGCGCUUGGCAGACGUGAUUACCUUUGACAAGCAGCUGACCAUCAACUGCGCCGUGACCGCGGGCUCGCGCGUGAGUGCGGGCUGUGGCGCGGAUGGGAGGCCGAGCGUGGGUAACGAGGUCUGGGUCUGCCGCAAAGAAUUGAAUGCCGGGAUUGGUACCGGGAAGAUCAAUGUUAUGAGUUAUAACGGAGGGCGCUGUACUCACAAGGAGGAGUUGACGGUUGGGAAGUCAUGCAUCCAUGUGGCGUGUAGCGUGGGCAGUACGGUUUGGCUCGGUACAGAGUCCGGAACCCUCCACGUCUACUGUGCUAUCACCUACCGAGAGCUGUGCAAGGGCGUGGUCAAGUGUGCAAAGUAUAUACUAAGUAUGACCCACGUGCCGAGGUGCAACUGGGUGCUAGUGGCGCUAGCAGAUGGAUCACUCCUUGCGUAUAAUGACAAUAUAUGCAACCACUACUAUUACAAGGAUGAUAGUAUGACACCCACGCAAGAGUUGUUACCAAGCCGCGGUUACCCUGGCAAUGGGAACCCCAUUCACUGCAUUGCAUCACUGCCAAUCAUGUAUCCUCGUAUAAAGGAGUCAACUAACGAACCCAGUUCUUCUCUGGCCGAUGAGUACAUUUGCGAGGUGUGGUGUGGUCAGGAGAAAGGCGAGAUCACCGUCCUAGACGGAGAUGAACUUCAGAAGAUCACCACAAUGCCGGCCGAGGAUAACGACUCAGACGUGACUUUACUCAGGGAACAGAGUGUCUCGCACCUAGAAACUGCGAGGACAUUCAGAUCCGGGUUCUCGUCAGAUGACCCCAUCGCACGAUCAGUUUGGGUGACCUUGUACCCAGGCACGCGCGUCUUCCGAUGGGAUGCCCAGGAGAAGCGCGUCGUACGAAGCGUGGACUGUUCGCUCUACAAGCCAAGAUUCGAAGGUCCAAAGACUGGCAAGUCGUCUCUCACGCGAGGGUCAGGAAUGAGACAAGGCCAGCUGAGUGCUGCUCGGGCGCAAGUAAACUCGCUCCUGGCUGUAGACAAAGAGCUGUACGUCGGCACAAGCUGGGGCUGCAUUCUUGUCUGUAACAGCAUCACAAUGAUGGUCUACUCUGUAAUACGAUCCCAUGAGGAUUCAGUGGGCUACAUACUGCCGAUGGUCAGUAACCAUAUUGGGGCUGAUACCCAUAAUGCACUAGUGAUGAGCUUUGGCCGAGGCUACCGUAGCAUUGGCGCUGGUCUCCAUGGCAACAACCCGUACCCAAGCCGGCAUAGUGGGAAACCGCUGGGCAAGCGCGAGUCCGUCCUACUCGUGUGGUUGUCCGAUCCUUGGGGCGAAACUGAGUGAGGAAAACGAAGAAUGGGCAUUAUUAGUCCCGGAGCUCAAUGCGAUAAAUUUGAAAUUACGCCGCAUGCGCACAACGUGUUAUUUUCGUGUCGCGUGAUAAAACGUGUAUAACUUUAAGGGCCAUGUUACGUGUUGUGACUUCGUUUUGAACAAAGUACGCGUUCACCUUAAAGGAAACUUUCUUAAUGGGAACAGAUAUUACAGAAAAUAUGAAAAAGAGGAGCAUGAAAUGCAUGUUAGGGUUUUCAAGUUGAUUCAAAAUUGUGGUGCUUUUGUGAUUCUAGCAAUUGAAAGCUUAGUGAUAGUUAAUAUUAUUAAAUAGACAGAUAAGAGAUAUCAUGACCCAUAUGAUAACUAAGAAUCAUAAUUUAUGUACUUCUUGUGCGCUUUAUUCAUGGCAAAAUGCAGUCAUGUACAUAGAACCCUGAAAUGCCACAACAUCAUCAAAAUAUUUAGUUUUGUGAUCUAUGUAUCAGCCCAGCUCCUCAUAAUUAUGUAUUUACCUCCCAGGCACAUUUCGUUUCCUGUGGCAAGAGAUCACCAGUAUGUCACAUUCUCGUCGCAAAUUAAACAUGCGUUAAAAAAGUUGUCACCUUGUAGGCGAAGGUCAACAUAUCUAUAUUUGAUAUGUGGUGGCAAUCUAAUACUGCCUUAAAUUUGUAUGUAAGUAUCAUUAUUAGUAAAUUAAUCAUAUUCAAAUCAAAUAACUUUUUUAUUUCAGCAUUUUAUUUAGUUUUGAGUUAUAUUUUUUUAUGAUGAUUGCUACUCCAAAAUUACAAUUGAUGUCCUUAUAUGGUCAGUGAUAUUAAGCGCAUGCGUGAUCGAUAUCCUUCACGUUCUUUCGGGCAUGUAACUAUGGGAACUACCGUACAAUUAUAAAUAGAAGACUGAAUGAAACUCAAAUAAAAGGCAAAAAGAUCACUAAAA